AUGAAAUUAACAACCUUUUUUAAUCAUUAUGCGUUUCUUUUAUCAAUCAUUUUAUUUACGAUAUUGCCCGUAAAAUCGCAAAUAAAUAAUGUACUUACAUUUAAUGAAACUACUAAAGGUGGCAAUCUCCCCCGCGUAUUUGCGAUGGAUAAAUUUGACGAUAACACGAUAAUUGUUCAUACAAUUCGUAGAAAUUCAAUCCCCACUCAAGAUAGGAUUUGUGUCGAUGAUUUAUUUACAUUUCACGCAAUUUUUCCUGAUGGAAAAUCAAAGGCAGUAGUUAUUAAAUUACCUGUUCAAGCUAUUAAUUAUUGUAUCUAUGAUGUAAAUAAAAUCCUUUACAACCCUAUUAAAAUUUAUACCAUGAGGACAAAUUUUAUAUUGGUAACUUAUACUGAAGCAGAGGACGAAACUAAUGUUAAUACUUACAUGGAAUAUGCCAUUAUCAUUGAUUUAGGUGGAAAGAUUCAUGGUAAAAUAUUACUGGGGCCUUCUUUUGUUGAUGUCGAAAAUAGAUGGAUACCUAAUAAAGCCAAGAUUAAGCUAAAUGUUAAUCGUGAAAAGGGAUUCGUUCGUGUCGGUCCUAUAACAAACACCACUAAUGCCCUCUUGCAGCAAUUCGUAGUGUAA